UUAAUGCAAUUUUUUUUUUCAUCUCCACGUUUCUCUUAUGAGUCAUGACUAUUCGAGUGAAUGAAAGAUCAAGUUCAACCAUAUAAUUGUGCUAUUUUUAUUUAUUGUGAAAUUUCAAUGACUAUACACUAUUCAAUGGUUGUAACCAUCAGAUGAACGACUGUCUCCACGCUAUUAUUAUUUUUUACCUGGUAAUGAGAUCGCUAGAAGUAUUGUCAAGAUUUCCCACCUCAAACCGGAGGCAGCUCAACAAAAUUAGAUUCAUCGGCUGUGCUUUCCUGUGGAAAUGAAUUGAAUAUUGGCAAUUUUACGUCUCAAUCAGAAAGGUGACCCGGAAUGCUAUACUGAUGAAAAGAAAGGCAGAAGAGGGCUGUAAUAAAAUGGUAGGCGGAUCGUCGAACGGAGAUUCAUCACCAAAACGCGUUUGUCGUGAUUUUCUUCGUAAUGUUUGUCAUCGUGGAAAACGUUGUAAAUAUUUGCAUGAACGUUCUGAAGACGGUACAAUUGAGGAAUAUACAUUUUGUCAUGAUUUUCAAAAUGGCAUAUGCAAUUGGCUCGGCUGCAAAUUCAUUCACUGCACUGAGGCUGAGGAGAAGCAUUUCCGAGCAACAGGGGAAUUACCACCUCACGUUUUAAUUCGCUUAAAAAAUAACUCCGAUAAAACUGAGUUACCGGUAUGCAAAGACUUCGUGAAGGGAAGCUGCCAGAGGGUAAAUUGCAAAUUUCGACAUCAUAAGAAAGAGGAACCUCAGCACAAUCACAUUACCCAGCAGCAUAUGAACCAGCCAAGGCCUCAGCAUAAUUACACUAUUAAUGGUGGUGGCGAUAACAGGCAAUUCGAGGAGGACAGGAAUUAUCACUGGCAAAUGGAAGAUCAGCAUACGAUGGUUCAAAGCAAUGGUUAUAAUGCAUCACCACAGCCUGGUGAUUACAUGGGCCCACUCGAGCCAAAGAGGAGAUUAGUCUCCGGUGAAGCUGUUGUUCAUUUUGAAGCAUCACCAUUACUUGGACAGCAUGCUCCACAGCAAGUCACACCUGGAUAUUAUUAUCCCGUUAUUGCGAGGAAUGAAGCCAGAGCUAUUGUUCUUGAAGACGAAAAUUCAUUGUUGCGAAAAAAAAUUGAUGAGUUAAAAAAACAGGUGAGCGAUUUAACAGCAACAAAUGAAUUUCUUCUGGAUCAAAAUGCCCAGCUACGUAUGUCGGGCAAACGUACCGCUAAUGUCACAGCUGUGACAGUACCAGCAGUAACAAUAACAAACACGGUUCCUCCAUCGCAAGCACCAACACCUCAACAAAUGGUAAACGCAGCAGUGGCAGCAGGUACUCUGAGAACAGUUACAGCGAGUGUUGCCACUGUUCCAGUUAGCAUAGCAACCGUAACACCAGUAUCAAUUGCUGCUGUGUCAAUGGCGCCUGUCUCAAUACCACCGCCAAUUGUUACAAUGGCACAGCAGACGAUAACAAUGAGUGGAUCUGGACCACAGUCUGCCAAUCAACAACAAGCCAACUCUCAACAACCUGCGAGUUUACCACUCUCAAUAUCUGGUGCCACUGCACCUCUCGUUUCCUAUCCUAUUAUGACUCAAGAGCUUAGGCCUGUUUUGCAAUGAAACCAAAUGUCAAAUAUUAUGAGAUGAACUCGUACGGAUUACGUAUUUUCAUAAACAGUGACAUUCAAAGUUAUUGAGCCACCUCAAAUACUAUUUUUUAUACAAAUCCGAAAAAAAAAACAAAAAUUGUGACAAGUGGAUGUAUAAUUUACAAAAUUAUGCUCCUGUCGACCGGGAAAACUUUCCUCUCGAAUAUCGAAUUUGAUUUGUUUCUAAUUUUUAUCAUUUUCUUGAAGAAAAUGUUCCCGUUCUGUGGCGAAUGCGGACAAACAUAUUGAAAAAUGAAAGCGAUUUUUGUGGGGUUUUGCUCGGACUACCUCCGUAUUUAAAAAAUGAGAAAUAUAUUACAACUUUCUUCCUCUCGCGAUCAAUAUGUCUGUACUUGAUUUAUGUAAGUGAAACAACCUUUUGAGGUGAAAAAAUUCUCACCUCAAAGUUAAAUAGUAAAUAGAGUAUCAUAAAGGAAUUGACUUUCCUUUUUUUAUGGCUCAACAUUAUAUAAUUUUCCAUUUCA